AUGGCUCUCUCACCCUUUGCUCUCGGCACUAGCUGCCAGCAUAGCCAUAGCGACAUCUGUCCACAGGUAGUGAACGGCAUCGCGCCCACAACUCGGUCACACUGGAUGAGGAGGGCAAACCAGGCGCUUGCAGAAAUCUUGGAUAGUCCUUGUCCAUUUGCUGCGUUUGGAGCGGCCAUUGUGAACCAUACCGGCGACGGCCUUGGAGACCUCAUCUGUAUCGGUGCCAAUGACAAGGCAAAUACCGGGAACCCGACAUCGCACGCCGAAAUCGCAGCCAUGCAGAACUGUACGAGCAUUCUAACAGACCCCCAAGGACCCUACAAGCUCACCGCAAGCGAAUCACUGCUGGCAUUCUCCCAACUGUCUUUAUACACAAACGCUGAGAGCUGUCCCAUGUGUGCUUCCGCUAUCCGAUGGGCAAACUUUGAAGAGUACAUUUACGGCACCUCAAUCGAAUGGCUGAUUGAGCAAGGCUGGCGGCAGAUCCGUAUCCCGUCGAUGGAGGUGUUUCGUCAGUCAGUUGACGUGGGCCCGGCCACGACACUGAUUGGCGAAGUCUUGACAAAUGAAACGGAUCCGUACUUUUCGUGGCAGUAUAAUCCAUGGUAUAGAUGCCCGCCUGGUUGUGUGAGACGUCACGGUUUGUGCAAGGCUCGUUGA